CCCUUUAAACAGAGAAGAGGAACGUUGACGUCGUGUUUAUAACUGCGCAGCGUUGGACCGGAAGGAAGUGGGUGUUAGCUGACUGACGUUAGCAAGCUACAAUUAUAAAGUCUGCUGCGGGUUCUAUGGAAGAGAUGUCAGGAGAGAGCGUGGUGAGCUCGGCACUGCCGGCAGCUACAACCCGGACUACAUCCUUCAAGGGCUCCAGCCCCAGCUCUAAAUAUGUGAAGUUAAAUGUGGGCGGGGCACUGUACUACACUACAAUGCAAACACUAACCAAACAGGACACAAUGCUCAAAGCCAUGUUCAGUGGCAGGAUGGAGGUCCUCACAGACAGUGAAGGUUGGAUCUUGAUUGAUCGCUGUGGGAAACAUUUUGGAACAAUCCUUAACUACCUUAGAGACGGAGCAGUGCCGCUUCCAGACAGCCGACGAGAAACAGAGGAACUGCUCGCUGAGGCCAAGUAUUACCUUGUCCAAGGCCUAGCUGAUGAAUGCACAGCUGCCUUGCAGAACAAAGAAUCGUAUGAACCCCUUUGUAAAGUGCCUCUGAUGACAUCAUCUAAGGAAGAGCAGAAGCUUAUUGCAACCUCAAAUAAGCCUACUGUCAAACUGCUGUAUAACCGAAGCAACAACAAGUAUUCGUACACCAGCAAUUCUGAUGACAACAUGCUGAAAAAUAUUGAACUGUUUGACAAGCUGUCAUUGCGGUUCAACGGUCGGGUACUGUUUAUCAAAGAUGUGAUUGGGGAUGAGAUCUGUUGUUGGUCAUUUUAUGGCCAGGGGCGCAAAAUUGCCGAAGUGUGCUGCACCUCCAUUGUUUAUGCCACAGAAAAGAAGCAGACAAAGGUGGAGUUCCCUGAGGCACGAAUCUAUGAGGAGACCCUCAACAUCCUCCUGUACGAGUCCCAUGAUGGGAGGGGUCCAGACAAUGCCCUGCUGGAGGCCACAGGCGGCGCUGCAGGACGAUCUCAUCAUCUGGAUGAGGACGAGGAGAGAGAUCGAAUCGAGCGAGUUCGUAGGAUUCAUAUCAAACGACCUGACGACCGCACACACCACCACCAGUGACCUUUCUCCUUCGACCCGUCAGCCUGUGUCUCUGACCCUGGACAGUCUUUGCACCACGCUUGUGCCUUACAUCACCCAGCGCCUCUCUGUCUCUCUCCCCAAUCUUAUUUUACCAGCUUUUCCUCCAGGAGAGUACUAUGAGAUGAGUGUCACACAACAGUGUGUAGUGGUGACGUGAUUUUGUGUUUGUUUGUGUGUCAUCUUUGUUGUGUGGUCUGACAGGCUGUAGUGUUUUGUUCUCCAUUUGUUAGUCUUUAUAACUUCUAUUACUAUGACUGCUAGUGUGCAGAAGCCCAUAGACAUGGGUGUUUGCAUUCAGCACUGCAGUUGACCACAGUUUUACCUGAGUGUGUGAAAACAAAGAGUAUUAAGAGCAUUGUUGCAGUGCAUCCAGGAGAACAAGAAUUAUGUCAUGUAAGCAGCUAAAGAUAAAUGGUUAAUAGUUUUGCUUCUCCUUACUAUGGUUCUGACGGGUCCACUGUUAAAGUCAUCAGUGGAUUACCAAGGUGUUUCACACAGUGGGGCCACAUGGUGGCACUAUUUUACUCUUAGAAGAUGUUACCAAGGCUAUUUUGUAGCCUGCAGAUAAUGGCAAUUAAACCUUUUUUCAAUUUUAUUAAGUUUUUGAUACAGUUAAGAUAUCACAGGUGGAUGCAAAAUGUCACUGUAGUGCUUUUGCCAUAUUUAGUUUUAGCAUUUAUGCAUUUUUCCCUUCACUCCACUAAAUGAUCAUUAUUUUCAGUGGAGGGAACUUGAGAAGUGGCAUGAGGUGUUAAAUGUACUGGGGUGAUUGAUGGAUGCUGAAGCUGAAGUGAAUGACUGUAACUGGAGAUCUCCCUGGCAGGAAGGGAAUCCUGUCUACAAGCUUUUAACACAGAGAGAAAUUAGACCUGUCCAUCACCACAUUAAUCAGAGAAUGUACUGUCUGCACACAAUAGGUUUUAGUUGAAAUAUGUCUAACAAUCACAGUACUUGUAGGCCUGUUGUACAGAAGUGAACAUAUAUGUAUGUUUUAUAUUUAUACAUACUUUAUCACAAAUAAAUUUCUACAAACAUUC